GUAAUUCCAACCGGGACUGCGUUGAGCUGCGCUUGAACUGCGCAUACGGUAUGAAACUGUUCGGACACUGAAACACGCUUCAUGAUUAGUACCAUCAUGAACUACAAUCCAACUCAAUUGAUUGCUGUUUUUCUCUGCCUGUCAUCCUCUGCGUAUGCGCAGGCUUCCGAUACGUAUAGCUACAAUUGGAGUGGACGGAUCGCUGGGAUUGUAGUCGGCGUCGUGUUCUUAUUCUUAUUACUCAUAGUAUGCUGUAUAGCUACGAGUCGACGUCGACGUAGUUCGAUGCCUUUCGUCACCAAGCCGCCGACGAAUCCUCAGCCAGGUCCACCUUACUCACUUCCAAUAUGGCAUGGAGCGCAGACGUAUGCACCUCCGCCUCCACCUGGUCACCCGGCCAAUACCGCAAACAUGAAUCCAUACGAUAAUGAGUAUCCUGGAUCACAACCCCCUCCCCCUCCCUAUGUGAAAGGAGAAGGAGCCAAGAUGCCGCAGGAAACACAUUACUCCUCGCCUCCAGGUCCCCCGCCGGCUGCACAUACGAGAGAGAACAAUCAUUUUGUAUGAGGUCUCACUACUCAGGAACGGGUGAAUUGCGGAAUAGUUCCGCGGCAUCUAUUCUUGCUUCAGUAUGCAAUUCAGAUAUAUGAUCCCCCUACUAGGAAUGGUCAACGUUAACCAUUGUGUAUCUUUCAUGUCUUCUUAGUGUAUAAUACUGACUGGGCUAUUUGUGUAUCUAAACCUAAUCACACCUUUAGUUCAGUCAUACGACCCUUACUAUGCAUUCACAC